UAUUAUAAUAAAAGUGAAAAUCAUUUUGCUCUGCUUUCCCCGCGCUGCUUAGUUAUUGCGGUCUAUUUACUGCUUUUUUCGGUUGACAGUACGAGUUAAGAUGAGCCUGACAGUCACAAUCCACGAGGGUGAACUGAAGCAGAUUAAGCGACAAAUCGCGAAUAAAAAGUCUGUAAGAGGACACAUGUUUGGUCUGUGGACUCAUUCCAAUCAGCCAGUCGUGCAGUAUAUCACUGGUAGUCUUAAGGACUUGAAACGUGAAGAUAUAGAAGAGUUGUUCGAAGAACAUGCUCUUCGACGAGUUGGGAUUUGGAGCACAGAAGAAUCUGGCGGGGAUCAACUGGAUAAAGAAAAGCCCUGCUUUGUUUAUAUGAAGGUUGGUCUAGACAAUGAAACACUGGACGUGAAGCCAAUUCGUGUCAUCGAAAAGGAAACCUCAUUGAAGGGAAUACUCGAGGUACUGAAGGGGGACAGUGCUUUCCGCCUUCGUAAUCCUUUCAAUAAAAAGGAUCAGAAGAAAUAUUACAGUGAACCGGUGAAAGGCGAGAUACACUGGACUUCAACUUCAUCGCAACAAGCAGAAACAAAGGGAGAACAGUGGUACUCAAUGAAAGAAGGCAUGGAACUUUUUGGGAAGAUCUAUGGCGCUCUCCAGGAAAAGUUUGAAAUAACUGGCACAAGUAGAGACAAAGACACCCACGAUCUUUGCGUUGCACUAAAGUUUAAACAACGUGAUUUUGCUGUAGAUUUUCCAUCCGAUUUCCCUGAUGGUAAGGCCAUAUUGAGUACUACAAAAGACCAAAAUAUUUCAAUCUCUCUGGAGAAACCAGUGGGAAAAGAAAGAGUUAAAGAUCCGAAGUCUGGUGGAAAGGAAGUUGACGAUGCAGUUAGUGUAACACCUGACGAUGACCAAUCUGAAGGAGCUGCCGCGUCGGAGCAAGGCCAACCAGCAAAGGAUUCAGAUCAUAACGACAUUGCACGACUGUUAGUCCAACGAAUACUAAAGGUGAUGCAGUCCGAGAGUGAGAAGGGAGGAACAUAUGUUUAAAUGAACAGGAAGCACAGUAAUCUCAAUUAUGGUAGCUUACAAUUUUAAUUUUUUUAGAAACAGGAAACAUUAAGAUGAAGAAAAAGUAUACUUCAUAACUGCUCUCCUUCCUUAAGAGUUACCUCGUUCAUCUACUGCUUGUAAUGAUACACGUAUCACCAUCAAUAAACUUUACUUCACUCUAAAG